UGAAUUGACACAAUUACACAAAGCAAAAAAAAAAAAAAAAAUAACAAAAAAAGACAAUCAACCAAAAGGGCCACGAAAAAUUCUAAUGGAAGAGUUGAUUGAGGAAGAAGCCGAGACUUCUUUGGAUCCCCAUGCCAUACAGUUUCCCUUGCCGGAACACCUUGAUCUUUCCAAGUGUCGCGAUGAGUUUCUUCGCACAAUUUUUGAGGAGGAAGACCAGCGUGUGAGCCGAGAGAGUCCCAGAUGGACAAUCGAGGGCAUUUUGGAGACUGGAAAGCCUUUGGAGGUGGAGGAUCCAACCAUCGAAAAGGAGGCCGAAGCGAUGGUUGUUCGCCAAUUGGCCAAACAUCGCAAUAGGGUAAGCCAGACAAGAACUGUGGAGGAAAUUAUGGCCAGCUUUCGAAUGCAUUCGGCUUUAUUGGAGGAACUAAAUAUAGAAUGCCAGAAGGCGGCCAUCGAGUUUCUAUCGGUUCGUCUGCUCAAGCAACUGCGUCUAUUUUCGAGUCCUUGGCCAGGAAAGCUGGAAGAUAUGCCAUACCAACUGUUCAGCUGGUCUGUGGAGCAUUUUAUGGCACGACUCGGCCAGGACCAGACUUAUCUGGAUGUAUUCAGUAGGGAGAGAACUGCUGCGGAUCUGGACUGCCUUAAAUUUCGAGCUGACCUCAACGAAAUCGAACUAAUUAUAUACGACAUCCGAAAGGACUUCAAACUGAAUGAUAACCUCUGCGAAAAAAGCAUCAAAUAUUUACAAGGUUGCAAGUACAUAACGGAUACUUCCUGGGUUAAGGAUCUAGAGGACAAUCGCCGUAUAAGGGAUAAACUAGAAUCCCAUUCAUUGGCAGAUGAACCGAGCAUUUUCGACCUGGAGAAUCGUAAAACCCUGCUCAUGGAUCGUUUCGAAGAUGUUAGCGCUAUUGAUCCGAUAGAGAUGCGUUAUCUGAUCAACUGGAUAAACAGCUGUACGGAUCAGCGGCUAAUGCUUCUAAAUGAUAGUGAGGAGGCAUUGAAAAAGGAGUUACAAGACUUGGAGACAAAACUUAGCCAGGAUAUGAUGGUGCAUAGAAACUCGGAAAUGGUUUACUCCAUGGAGGUGGAAAGACUCAAGAUAAGUCUGAAUGAGUGGCAGAAAAAAAUGGAUAAUGAUUUGGAAAACGCGGAGGUCAUGUGCACCGUAACCAAGUAUGCUCUGCAGAAAGUCAAGGAUGAUCACAAAAUGUACAUGGAACAGGAGGUAAUGUUUCGUCAAAGGAUAGCCGAAGUUAAAGAGCUCAUGGCAUCGGAGGAAAAAAAUUCGCAAGCAAAAAGAGGUCAAACAAAUUGACGUGGAUGCGGUUGUAAAAGAAAUUGAAGCGGUAUUUAAGCCAAGUGAACCCAAAAAGAAGAAGUCGGCGAAACGCUGAAGCUCAUCAAUACUCGACAAAAUGUAUUUAUGUUGGCAACCCAAACAAAAUAAUCAAAAUCCCCGUAAUGCAUGAA